UGUAGUAUAUAUUAAGUGUGGUGUCGUAAACAACUUAGUUGAUAUUAAGACACGACCAGUCUUUUAUCACUGUACAAUGUUUCGCAUAGCUUUGGCCUUCCUAGUUUGGUACAUAAGCGAUGCAACAGCGACAUCUGUAGCGCCACCGGCAUGUCCGUGUCAAAGAAACUACGAGCCCCUAUGCGGUACCGACAACGCCACAUAUGCUAAUAGAUGUGUUUUCAAUUGUACGAGAGAUUUCUAUGAGAAAAUUGGAACGUCAAUUUCGAUUGCUUAUGAAGGCCCGUGCAGAGUGCAAUGUGAUUGUCCAAGUGGUUGCGACGAAGUAUGUGGUAGCGAUCGCAAAACAUAUACUAACGAAUGUAAUUUAGAUUUCGAAAAUAAAAAACGAGAACAAAGUGGACUAAAACCAAUUAAUGUAAUAAAUAAAGGCAAAUGUCCCAGUAUUUGUACGUGCAAUAAAAUUUAUAAACCAGUUUGUGCUAGUGAUGGCAAAACCUAUUCCAAUGAAUGUGAAGUAAGCUGUGAAAGCGAGCGUCGUCAAAAAAAUAGUGACCCUGGUAUUGAAGUUGUAAGUAAUGGAAAAUGUCCUGUAAGCUGCAUCUGCCCACUUAUAUACGCACCUGUUUGUGGUGAAGAUGGCCACACUUAUGCAAGUAAAUGUCAACUUAAUUGUAAGAAUGAAGAACGACAACGGGAAAGGCAACCAAUCGUUAAAUUGGCUGGAGAAGGCGAAUGUCGCAAGAAUGAAAUUUGUCCAGCAAUUUAUGCUCCAGUUUGUGGUACAGAUGAUGUUACCUAUUCGAACGAAUGUUUCCUUAAUAGUACUAGUACACGAAAUGUGGAGAAUAAUCUCCCAUCGAUAAAAGUCAAAAGCGUAGGAGAAUGUCCUAUAUCUUGUGCGUGUCCAGAUGUAUAUCAAUCAGUCUGUGGUAGUGAUGGAAAAAUUUAUUCGAAUGAAUGUGAAUUGGAAUGCGAAAAUAAACGGCGUCAGCAAAAUGGACAAACACCUAUCGAAGUUGGGAAUUUUAGAAAAUGUCUCGAAAGUUGUGUCUGCUCUAGAAUCUCUAAACCCGUCUGUGGCAGCGAUGGCAACACGUAUUCAAAUGAAUGUGAAUUGAAUUGCGAAAGUAAAAGGCGUCAGCAAAAUGAACAGUCAGCCAUCGAAGUUAUCAACGAAGGGGAAUGUUCUGCAGGAUGUCAUUGUCUUGCGGUGUAUGACCCCGUCUAUGGUAGUGAUGGAAAAACCUAUUCUAAUGAAUGUGAAUUAAAAUGUGAAAAUAAACGGCGUCAGCAAAAUGGACAAACACCUAUCGAAGUUAAGAACACUGAAAAACAAUUUGAAAGUUGUGUCUGCUCUAGAAACUAUAAGCCCGUCUGCGGUAGUGAUGGCAACACAUAUUCAAAUGAAUGUGAAUUAAAUUGCAAAAAUAAACUUCCACAAAAUGGGCAAACGGCUAUAUCUAUUAUCAGUGAAGGAAUAUGCCCUGAAAGGUGUAUGUGCUCUGAUGUUUAUGAACCAGUUUGUGGUAGUGAUGGCCAAACAUAUUAUAAUUUAUGCAUCUUCCAAUGUGAAAAUGAUAUACGUCUGAAAAGCGGUCAGCCUCAAUUAGAUUUAACUAACCAAGGCGAGUGUCAUGAAGUAUGUAUAUGUCCCUAUAUUUAUCAGCCAGUUUGUGGAAGUGAUGGUAAAACUUAUUCUAACAAAUGUCAACUAGAAUGUACGAACAAGGAACGUAUAAAACAAUAUCAAUCACCAAUAGAAAUUGUGGAGGAAGGUGAAUGCCCUGAUCUUUGUUUCUGCCGGGCUAUAUACCAACCAGUUUGUGGUAAUGAUGGGCAGACAUACCCUAACCAAUGCACAAUAGAUUGCAAAAAUAAGGUAUUACAAAAGAAAGGCCAAUUGCUAAUCAAAGUGAUUAAACAAGGGGAAUGUCCAGAAAAUUCAAUCUGUUCAACUGUCUAUCAACCGGUUUGCGGAAGCGAUGGUAAAACUUAUGACAACCAAUGCCAACUGGACGUUAGGAAUAAAGAGCUCCUGGAACUUAAUCAACCGACUAUUGAAAUAAUUAAUGAAGGCAAAUGCAUUGACUCUUGCAUUUGUUCCGCAUUAUUUGAUCCAAUAUGUGGAAGUGACGGACAAAGCUACUCUAAUGAAUGUCACUUAGUAUGUCAAAGCAAAUAUCUGGAACAAGAAGGAUUAUCGCCUAUUGAACCACUAUACAAAGGAAUAUGCAAAAAGCCAUGUGAAUGCUACAACACGGUUAUUCCCGUUUGCGGAACUAAUAAUAAGUCAUACCGUAAUGCUUGUUACUUAAACUGUGCUGACAUUAAUCAAUUAUCGAACGAAACAUCUAUCAAAAUUCAGUACAACGGAGUUUGUCAAAAUUGCAAGUGUCCCUUUGACUACAACCCAAUCUGCGGUAGUGACGGUAAUACAUACAGUAAUGUAUGUCUACUCGAAUGUGAAAGUACACGAUUAGAAUACCUCGGCAGACCACCUCUGUUUGUUGUACACGAAGGAGACUGCGGAGGAUGUAUUUGUUCUGAUGAAUAUAAUCCCAUCUGUGCUAGCGAUAGCAACACAUACACAAAUACAUGCCAAUUGGAUUGUGAAAAUAAGAUACGUAAACGACACAAUUAUCCACUUUUAAGCAUACAUUAUAAAGGCAAAUGUCAUGAAUUCGAUUACAACUGUGAUAAUUGCCCACUUUUGUUUAGCCCUGUGUGUGGAGAUGAUUAUAAAACCUAUUGGAACUCCUGCUUGAUGUACUGCCAAAACCAGUGUAAUCAGAGUAAAGGAAUAUCUGUUGUCAAAAUUGAUAAAAAUGGUUAUUGUUAAAAGAUUAAAUUAUUCACAUUCACAUUACAUGCUAAUUAUAUUAUAAACUAUAAUAUUUUGUUAUCUUAUACUAACUUAACUAUAAUGGAAUCAAAACUCUUUUGAAACUUAUUUAUUUGUUUAUAUUAAAAACGCAUUUUAUAUGUUAUUUUAACCUUUAACUUUCUUAUUAAAUACAUACAUUUCGAGCCAUCAAAUUAUAAAUUUAAAAUAAUAUAUAUUCUAGAAUGUUCUAAAAUAGUACUUUCUUUGUUCUUAUAAAACAACAAUUACAGAAAAACUGAUAAACGUUGAAUAUUAAACAAAAGAUGUUAUAUUUUAACCAUAUACAUUUUAAACUCGAUUAAUAAUAAUCCUUCAUAAAUUUAACACAUUAUGCGCAUUAUAGAGUUAUUGCUAUUAAAAUUUUAUCAGGCGAUUGUUUUUUGUCAAUUUCUUAUAUUAUUUAUUAUAUUAGUUCAUUUGUUUAUCAUGUAUCGUCGUCACUGCUUAUAUUAAAACACUAUGUUGAAGGUUGUCAAAAGAAAUUGUUGUGAUGUUGUACCUUUAACAACUAACUACGUACCUAAAAUCUGGUAACGGUUGCAGAAAAAACAUAUUUCUAAAGAAAAAGGUAUAUAUUUUUUAAUGGAAAUUAAAAGCUGUUUAAGAGACUAAAAACCAUUCAUAUUAAAGUAAAUAAGUUUAAAAAUGUGUUAAAUAUAUGUGUGUCAAAUAUAAAUACAAGAGAAUUUUGGUGAAAUAAA